ACGGCUUGAACUUCCGGGCUAGAUCUAGUUCUCGAUCCAAUUGCCCUUAUAACAAUAAAAUAGUUCAAGCAUUAAUGCAAUCCUUUGUCAUCCGCAGUGCCUGUGUUGGUUAGCUUGCAGAUCCAGGGGGGGAAAACAGAGUAAUGUACGAGGCGUUCGAUGACAGCGGCGAAGAGGUUGCCUCCUCAAUGAGAUCGUCGGAAGGCCGUCUGUUAGCCUUCAAUCAGCUGUUGAGUUCCAGCGUGCUGGUGACCACACUGGUGUGCAAGCUGCCUCAGAUAAAGGUUAUCGUGACCUCAGGCUCAACACUAAGCAUCAGCCUGAAGUCCGUCAUUGUGGAAUUCCUAGCAAAUACUAUCAUGCUGACCUACCAGUUUUCCAAAGGUUAUCCUCCCCAUACGUUCUUUGAAAGCAACGUCACGGUUCUACAAGAUUUUGCCCUGAUACUGUUGAUAGCGUAUAACAGAGGCCUGAUGGAGUUUAGAAGUAUACCAUUCUACGUGCUAUAUACCAGUUUCUUUAUAGCCAUGUGCGCAGAUCUGUUUUCAGAAUACGUGAAGCUCUUCCUUAUUAGCUCUACAACGCCAAUGCUUCUCUGGAGUAAAGUUAACCAGCUUAUAACUAUCUGGAGGCACCACACUGCUGGAAGUGUCAGCGCUCUGACCUGGUUUAUUGGCACUUAUAAUGCUGCAGUUCGCAUUUUAACCACGGUGCUCAUUACGAGGGACAAUCCAAUGCUGCUCAACUUGGUCUCUUGCGAGGUGAUGAAUGUCGCAGUCCUGUUGUCCAUUAUGUACUUCAAGGUAAAGCAAGGCGACCAGCCCUUGAGGAGAACCAGGAGACCAUAACCACAGCAUGGGACACCUCAGCCCUGAAAUAAGAGUUGCCCUUUUCUCCUAUUCAGUUGGACUUCCUGUUUCUUAAUUUAUACUUUGCUUACAGAUAUAAACAUGUUCAUUUCUAUACAUUUUAUUAUCCCUCUGGUGUAUUUCGUCGGACUUUUGAUUACAAUGUUUGUUAUUAUAGAUAUAUACAUGCAUAUAGAUAUUUAUUCGUUUAGUUUUUAAUUAUAGUGCGGUUUUUUUUUUUAAUUCAGUGGCUGUACGGAUUGCGAGUCGUUUUUUUUUAUAUAUGAAACUAAAUAUGAUAUUUAAAAAAAUAUAAUUUGUGGUGAUUUAAAUCCGCAAUUGAAAGAAUUGGUUAGCUCUCCUGAUGUUUUAGUCACUUGCAUAUCGUGGAUCGCUAUGGAUAUAUAUAUAUAUAUAUAUAUAUAUAUAUAUAUAUAUAUAUAUAUAUAUAUAUAUAUAUAUAUACAUGCAUAUAGAUGUUUAUUCGUUUAAUUUUUAAUUAUAGUGCGUUUUUUUAAUGGCGGCACGAAUCUCGGGUCGAUUUUUUCUUAUAUGAAACUAAAUAUGAUAUUUUAAAAAAUAUAAUUUGUGGUGCUUUAAAUCCACAGGGCCAGCUUAAGGCAUAAGGCAUAAUUGGUUAGUUCUCCUGUUGUUUUAGUUACUGAUAUUUCACUUGCCUAUAUCAUGGGUCGCUAUUGCGUGUAGAUCUAAUAAAACGUAAAGAAAUAAAUCAUCAAUAGACUCAACAUUGUCUUGCACUGUGCAAAUGUUGUGUGUCGUUUAUUUCUUAUCAAACGGACUACACGUUUGCUUGAUUUUUCUAGACUUGUGUGUACAAUUCUUUCAGUAGCCGAGCCAGUUUGCCGCAUCGUUGCAGGGUCUUUACAUUCCCUGUGCCGAUUCUGGCUUUAUUUCUUUGCUAUGCAUCGGGCAAUGGAGGGCCUUUCAGAUUUGAUACAUCGGUUAUUAAGAACUGGAUACUUUUGUCUCAUAAUAUAUUAUCUCUAUGUGCCUUUUUCUAUAGCAUCUGAGGUUUUACAGGGUGGAGUCAUUAGCCCCACGCCUCAAUUUUCUCCUUUUUCAUCCGGACUUGCGGGCUUCCAGUUUUUUUAUUUACCGAUAUUAUAAAUAAUACACUGGUAUAUCACUGCAAUUGAGGUGGCAAAACGCUUGGCUUCCGAAUCGGGGGUCGCGGGUUCGAAUCCUGGUGAAGAAAGCUCUAAUGGGUACCUGCUAUUAGUUGGGGAAAAGUAAAGGCGGUCGGUCAUUGUGCUGACCACAUGAGGCCCUCGUUAGCCGUGGACCACAGUAACAGAUGACAUGUACAUCAACGGCCCCUAUAGAUCGCAAGGUCUGAAAGGGGAGACUAUAUCACUGCAGUGGUAUGUUUUGGUGCAUUCUCUUUCUCUUUGAGCUUUAGUAUACUGUGACUUGAAAUUAUGCUUCUUUUUGCACAACAGUCAUACGUGUGUUGACCAAAAAAAAUGCAUUAAAGACUACAUAGAAGCGCGUUACAGACACACGCGCAAUAGUGAUGGGACCACAAUAAAGUUUCUCCGUUCUGUUCUUAAUAUGUUUAGUUGAGUUAUAUUUUUUAUACAAUAACAAAGUACCUAUAUUCACCUACUACUAUUAUCGUAGCAAGCACUAUUUGUGCUAAUUUUUGUUUAUAAGUCUUAGUCCCAUUCGUCAUAUCUUUGUAUUCAGUAGCUAAGAUUAAUUAUGAUUUAGAUAUAUUCCGCUCUUGGAAAAGCGUCGACUUGGGGCUAUUUAUUUUGUAUCUUAUAUGAUUCUCAGCUAUGUGCCUAAUUAAUUUCGCUGAAUACGAUCCUAUGUACAUGUGACUAUCUUCCUAUGGUAUUCAUUGUUUAACGUACUAAACAUUUUGUGGGAUUGAAUAAAAGUCAAUGAUUGUUAUUCGAACCCAUGCAAGAGUUCAUAUAUUUAUAGUGCAUUGUGGUGUAUUCAAGUGCAUAUGUUUCUUCUAGUGAAAUUCAUGUUACUUUAUUAUGUUUUAGGAAUAGGACUUUCGGAUUUAAAUAAAAGAUUAUAAUGUUGUUUUUUUAUACUAAUGAAUUAAAAUGCAUGACUAGAUGCAUGACGCGUAGGACGUAAUCAUCUUUUGUUUUUUUUAAGUAACGUCUGUAUUUUAUAAGCUAAGAUAAGACUGCCAUAAUUAAAGCAAUACUUUACCUGUGUGAUGUGUCGGACCUAAUUAAAAUGGACGUACACCUUAGUCAUGUGUAUUAUGUCCCUUGCCGUGUGUAAAGUUGUGUUUAUGUUUCAUGUCUGGAAAUAAAAUUUACUUACUUCAUUGAG